AUGAUGAACUAUGAUAUUUGGCGUGAACUGUUCGAAAUUUACUACAUCGGGUAUGGAGUUGAUGAUCACGUCAAGCCUCCUACACAAGUAAUGAUUGAUAAAGAAAAAGAAAAGGACAAAGGAAAAGAAGAAUCAACAAAUGCAAAGGAUCCAUGGGUUCGCAAGGAUUCGAUCGUGAAAUCAUGGCUUUAUGCCACCCUCUCCAUCCCCCUUCUCAAUAUGAUUUUCAAGAAGCAAGCAAUAGCUUUUGAAAUCUGGGAAAACCUUGAAAAGGUUUUUCAUGAUAACAAGGCCUCGAAAAUUAUUCAAGUUGAUCAAGAAUUAAGAAACAUCUCUCUUGGUAAUGCUUCUAUCACAUACUACAGCAACAAAAUAAAAUCCCUUGAUGAUCGAUUAGAACACAUGGAUGCUAAAGUUUCUGAAGCUAACCUAGUAGCUUACGUGAUCAACGGACUAUCUCCAAAAUUCAGGUACAUAGCCAUAAACAUCCGACACUGGGAUCUGCCUUCGUCUUUCUGGGAUGUUCGAUCCAUCCUCAUUUGUGAAGAGCAACAAAUGCUCCAAGAUGAACAAUGUGACUCUCUUCUCACGCAUGCUGACAGUUCAUCAUCCCCACAUGCUCUUACGGUUCAAAAUUCGAAUCACAAUUCAUCUCAGUGGCGUAAUAAUUUCAAUGGCAAUAUUAGCAAUAGAGGUCGCUACUGUGGGGGUUGUGGUUGA